CAGCUGAAAAGAAAAAAAACACCCAAGAAUGAUUAAAGCCUGGUAUGAAAACAGAGACAAUCUGCCUGUUUUUGCACCGAUUCUGUCCCCUCCAACCAAGCACGUCAAAUGCCAGACAAUCUAUGUUUUAUAUGAUUAUCCUAUAAGAUUAUCCUUAGGUCUGAGGUGUUUUAAGACUAGAUUCGUCCUGGUUUUAGGGUCCGAAACAGGUGGGGGCUCAUAUUCUUAAGUAAUGAACAUGUUCAAUAUUUACGCCCUAAACUCUUCAUGUCUGCAGUAGGGUUGUUCCGUUCAGAAGAACGAAUGAUUUUAGUGAACGAACUGAACCGAAUCAGUUUAUGAAAUGAUUAGUUCUUUUUGCUUGAGUGAUUCGUUCAGUGAACUGGUGGACUGAAGAACUGAAGAGUGAUUCGUUCGUUGAACUUUUUCGUUUGUGAUCCGCUAAAGAGCGAUGUACAAGUACGAUGAGUGAGUCGUUGGCGCAAGGAAUGGCGUACUACGCCGUGAACGUACUCAUGAGUGAUUUUAACCGCAAGUCCUGACGUCCUCGCGGGGAUAGCUUUCACUAGCAGCUUCAAGCUAACGGCUAAUUUUUGAGACACGUGAAAACAAGCACGUUUAAAAUAAAUGUAAAUUAAUAAUAAAUGUAUAUACGUACACAUAUCAUUCCCGCUGUGUCUCUAAUGCGAUUAUUAAAGCUUUUUAUUUCAUAAUAAUAAUAAUACAUUAAACUUAUAUAGCAAGACACUGAAGCUACGGUGAACUGGAAGUGCAAAACUAUAGAACAAAUUGUGAAAUACUUUUACAUUUCAGAAAACAAAUUAACAAAAGCCAAAACUCCUUUACAUUUCAGAAGACAAAUUAACAAAAGCCAAAACUCUUUUACAUUUCAGAAAACAACUUAUGGAUGGUGACGUGGAACAGAAUGUACCCAAUCGAGAAGUGCCCUGCAAAAAAAUAAACAAAACAACAACAAAAACAUUCUACUUGAUUUCAUAUUUUGUAUUAAAAUGAGUUCACCAGCCGGCAAGAAGUAUUUUCCAAAGCAAGUCCCUUUUUUUUUUUUUUUUUUUUACGAAAACUUUCCCGCAUCUGGACCCCUCGGACAUACUGCAAAAUUUGGCGCAUAGCCGGAAGUAUCCGCUAGUCUUUAUUUUUGUGAACCUCAAAAGGUUGUGCAACAAAAUAUUAAGGGUACUGUCAUUUUUUGUCCAGGCAUUUCAUGAGUUUUUAAAAUGUUUUUUUUUUUUUAGAAUACUUCUGUUGAACCACAAUUUAAAAGCAAUGUCUGCUUUUCAUUGGCUAAUUUUCAUUGUUAUUACUUUUGCCAGGUUCAAGUUAUUUCCGUGACCACUUUGGGUUUUUCUUUCAUUAACAGAGGGGUACCAACAAUUUUGUGCACGACAUCCAAGGAGAUGCUGGAGAAAGUCGCCGAGCUCGAUCACAGUCGGAGUCAGCUGAAGCUUCGAAACACUGAGAUGAGGCACUUGCUCGACGCAGCAGAUGAUGAGAUGACUGUGCUGCGAUCAGAAAAUGAGGCAUUAAGAAAACAAGUGAAAACGCUGGAGCAGAUGAUCGUAGAUGUCCAGCAUGUGGAAGCGCAGCCUUUCAGGUUGCCACUGGGGGAUGACCUCUAUCUAAAGCAGUCCACUAAAUUUAGGCAACAAGAACUGGUCGGUGACGGUAAGGAACACAAUGCGAUGAUGGAACAAAAUAAGAAUCUGAUUGCAGAGGUUCAGAGGUUCCAAGAGCAAAGAGAAAAGGACAUGAUGAGCUUGAGCAAGUUCAGUGUUGCACUUAAAAACAGUGAGUUUAGAACAGAAGAGGCUCAGAUUGGACUGCAGCAAAGGGACGAGGUUAUUCAACAGAAUAAGUUGCAAUUAAAGCAAGCGGAGGAAACAAUCGAGGAGUAUUCCAGCAUCAUCAAGGAUCUCAGGCUGGCAAACCAGGAGCUGAGGACUCAGUUAGAGGACACAGAGAAUGAGGCCUCGCUAGCUACUCUCAGUGAUUUCAUGGGAGAAAAGCAGGCAUUGCCUCUUUCCAGGAUGUCUUUUGCAGAGGAGGUCAAGCUUCUAGCUGAAAUUAAAAAAGAGGAAAUUGAAGCAGAGGAACCGACCAGUCCUCCAAUCUACCACCAAACAAGCAGAUGCACACAAGCCAAGGAGUUGUGCACCCAGAGGGUAUUUGUGAUCUGCGUUGCCAUUAUCAGCAUUUUGGUCAUUUUGGCUGCAGGGAGUCAUGCAAGAAAUCUAGAUUUUCUUUCAGUCCACAAUCUAUGGAGGAGUGUGUGCCUGACAUUAGAUCCCUACUUUAGUGUGCAAUAUGGAGCCUUACCUCCGAUCUGAUCCAAGCAUUAAAUGUUUUUCUUUGUUGCAUACGUUGCGAUUUAUUUGGUAAAACAUGGUAAAAAAAAAAAAUAUGUGGCUGUUUAGUGGGAUACACAGUGGUUGUCUCAUGAUGGUUGUUCUCAUCUGGUUGCAAAUACUAAGGUCAUUUAUGACCUUACUCCUGUAGGUUAGUGAUAGACUACAGCAUGUUUUGACUUACGUUUUAUUUUGCUGUAAAAGUGGAACUCCAUCGAAAAAAUGUAAAAUACAGUAUUACCAUGCA